GAAAGCAAGAAACAGCGUCCAAUACCUUUCAGAAGGUAGACAAUCAUAACACCAACAUGCUUAGUCAUCAAAAUGAUGAUAGCCAAAUAACUUCGCCGAAGGAUUUAGGUUAUAUAAAGCAGGUCGCCACUUCACUGAGUCGCGUAGCUUCCUGGCCUUUGAUGGAGUCAAAGAAUAAGAAAUAUACCUUUGCUGUGAAAUGGAACAUAACUUGUUUCUUAUUUAUGAGCUAUAUAUUUAUUUUUCAAAUCUGGUAUGUAAGAAAUAACAUAAGCACAACCAGUUUCGUCGUAAUAGGACACACUUAUAUAACACUGGCAAUGAAUACCAUUUGUCUGCAAAGACUCACAAUGCCAUGGAUGGCUGAAUAUCGGCAAGUGAUCAAAGAAUUCUUGGACAAAAUUCACCUCUUUCAUCAAAAGGAUAAUUCUGAAUAUGCUAAUAAGAUUUAUAAAUACAUCGAGAAAAUCUGCAAAAUCUUUACAGUAUUUGUUCACUUUCAACUGUACGGCGGAAUUGCGUUAUUUAAUAUAACUCCUGCAUAUAAGAAUUUCAAAGCGGGCAUGUAUAGCUCAAAUAAACCUGUUAAUGCUACAUACGAGACAGCAGUAUACCUUGCUCUCCCUUUUGAUUGUUUUACUGAUAUUAAAGGACACAUGUUUUUAAGUUUAAUGAGCUUGGUUUCGACUAGCAUCGGUUCCACGUCUUUCUGUUUAUGGCAUCUACUUCUUUCUUUGAUUGUGUUUCAUAUAUGGGGUAAUUUGAAAAUUUUGAAACACAACUUAGACAAUUUUCCUAAACCUGCUAGUCAAAUGACGAGUAUCGGAAUUCCAUGGUAUACGGAUGAGGAGUCUAAAAACAUAUCAACAUUAAUUGUGGAACUUGUGAAUCAUCAUCGGAAUAUAAUGGAUUUUAUGGCAAAGACCUCGAGCGCAUACAGCUUUUUUUUACUCUUAAAUUUCGCAUUCUAUCAAAUAGUGGGUUGUAUUAUUUUAUUGCAAUGCUCUAAAUUGGACUCCGAAGCUCUAGGGAAUUAUGGACCUCUAACAGUUGUAUUAUUUCAGCAAUUGAUACAAAUAUCUGUCACAUUUGAACUGCUUGGAUCUCAGAGUGAAAAACUAAUCGAUGCAGUGUAUGGUUUGCCCUGGGAAUGUAUGGACAUGAAAAACAGAAAACUCGUUUUAUUCUUCUUACAAAACGUCCAAGAACCAAUAAACCUGAAGGCCUGUGGUAUGGUACCAGUAGGGGUUCAAACUAUGGCUGCGAUUUUGAAGGCGUGCUGUUCAUAUUUUAUUAUGCUUCGCACGGUGACUGCUUCUGAAGAAAUGACUUGAAGUUAAAUAUAGUACCUAAAUUGAGAUAUUAUGUUCUCAUGCUUAUUUUGAGUCAUAAUAAAUCUACCUAUAAAUUAUAUAAGUAUUAACACGUUAAAUUCACUUAUGCUUAUGUUUCAAACUAUUUUAGUUAAAAAAUAAUAGACGUACCUAUUUAUUUGCAAAGCAUACUUACAUAGGGUAGGUAGCUAUAAUUAUAUUAAUUAUAGUUGAUAAUCGCUUUAAAGUUAAUUAAGCGCGUAAUACAAAGCUAUAUCAGGGGAGAAACAGAUAAGAUAAUUUAAAACUUUUACUUCAAAACACUGUUUCAGUAAUGUUAAGCUCAAAAAUAAAAUAUUAAAAAAACAAUGUUUCAUGUUUCUAAAUUUCUAUUAAAUAUUAUUGUCGUUUAAACGCCAGUCUAGUUCGUUAAUUAAGCAAUUCGAGAAAUUUAACGACUUUAAUUGAUGACAAAAUUGGAACAUUGGUCUGAGAAGUUCAGUCUAUUCGUUAACCCCUCCAAGUGUCAGGCCAUUGUCAUAGGCGGCGCCCGACAGCUCCUUAAAGUCGAUAUUACACCUCCUGUAUACUUUAAUGGCACGCCUAUUCCCUACAGCCAAAGUGUAAAAGACUUGGGUGUCUUUCUGGAUAGUACCCUGAGCUGGAGGACACAGGUAGCCGGAAUUAGCCGUAAAGUUACUGGUUCUCUUCAUGCACUCAACAGGCUUAAAUACUUUUUACCAAUUAAAACAAAAAUACUGCUCGUACAAACUUUAAUACUGCCAAUUAUCGACUAUGGUGAUGUGUGUUACCCGGACUUAAAUGAAGAGCUCCUGGAUAAAUUAGAUCGUUUAGUGAAUAAUUGCAUUCGUUUUGUUUUCUGUCUCCGUAAAUAAGAUCAUGUCUCCUCAUUCCGCUCUAAACGUGGCUGGUUUCCUAUUCGUAUUCGUCGCAAAAUUCGCAUGCUCUGCAUCCUUUUUUCUGUUCUUAACGACCCUCAGUCCCCCGAAUAUCUAAAAUCUUUCUUCCACUACUAUGGUGUCUCUCGUGUCCGUCAGCUUCGCUCUUCUGGCAAUCUUUCUCUGUCUAUACCAUCUCACCGAACUGGUUAUAUGUCCGAUUCCUUCUCAAUUCAGGCAGUUCGCCUUUGGAAUAGUCUCCCUGUCAAAAUUAAACAGUGUCCGAACAGAUUUGCUUUUAAAAAAUCCUUAAGUGAGCACUUUGCUGGCAGUACUGGAAAAUCUUGAAUGUUUCUGUUUUGUAAGUUCAUCUGAUUUCAUUAUAUGUAUGUAUGUAUGUAUGUAUAUGUAUAUGUAAGUAGGUAUAUGUAUUUGUAUCAAUAUUAUUUAUAUUUAUGUAUGUUUAUAUUAGUGUAUUUAUUAUGAUUGUAUUGUGUUCGUACAGGUACCUAAUUGUAUCAUCUACUACAUGUUUUUGCACCGCCUACAACUUAUCUGCUUUGCCUAAAGGUUGACUGGUAGAGAAUGCCUUAUGGCAUUAAGUUCGCCUUUUGUACAGUGUAUUUCCUUAUGUGCAAUAAAGAUUAAAUAAAUAAAUAAAUAAAAUUUUUAGUGAUGAAUUAAAAAUUCUUUAGAGACAGUUCAGAAAGUCUGUUUCUUUUUUAUCUGAACGUGAGUACAUAAUUAUAAUAGAGUACUUAAUACUCAAAAUAACGUACUUUUUCAUUUAAACACAAUGCGUGCUGGUGGUGUCAAUUACUGGCCUUUGCGUCUAUUGUAGACAAUUUAUGGUUUAAGACAUUAUACCGCCUGGGGGCCGAUUCGGAUUUUGAAAUAGACAUCUAUUAGAUAUCUUUUAGACAUCACCAAGAUACGAUAACGAUAUGUUUAAGAUCUCACCUGUCAAAUUUGACAUUUGAUCGAUUCUGGAGAUACUCUUGAACGAUUUCCACAGCAUAGACUUAGAGACCCAAUUCACAUCUAAUAGAUAUCUUACUCUAUCUAACGUAAAAGUGACAUUGGUUGCCCGAAUUGCGCUGCAAAAGAGAACUAGUUGAUAUCUAAACUAUAAUGUAUCUAGAAUGGAUCUAGUACGUGUCGUCUCUUGUGGGACGGAAUUAAGGAAACGCAGGGAUGCCCAGCGCCUGCAUUAUUCUCUCGGCUUUACUGUCUUAACUUACAAGAAAGGCGAGCCUAUACGUGUAGAGACAGGUCGGGUGCAGGAAUCUGCCUCUUAUUUCAAGUUGGACCCUACUCGCGCCUUACUGACACUCCAUUCCGGGAUUGUCAAUGUCAAUCAACUUGAUAAAUUACGUUUAAAUUAUGUACUCUUCUUCAGCCUCGCGUCAUCCCGGCAUAUUGCCACGGCUCAUGGGAGCCUGGGGUCCGCUUGACCAGUAAUCCCAUGAUUUGACGUAGGCACUAAUUUUUACGAAGGCGACUGCCAUCUGACCUUUCAACAUAGAGAUGAAACUAGGCCUUAUUGGGAUUAGUCCGGUUUCCUCACGAUGUUUUCCUUUACCGAAAAGCAACUGGUGAAUAUCAAAUGAUAUUUCGUACAUAAGUUCCGAAAAACUCAUUGGUACAGGCCGGGGUUUGAACCUCCGGAUUGAAAGUGGGACGCUCUUACCGCAGGGCACCUGCGCUUUAUGCUAUUUAUCAUAAAAUUGGAAUAGAUUAACAUCAAAAACAAAAUCAGGUUAACAUGCAAAUUGGCUAUUUAUCGUUUGUUGGUCAAUUCUCCGACACAUCAUAAUAAUAAACAUCAUCCCCGUCCCGUUAGGGAAAAGCCACGUUUGCAUUUGCAUGGCAUUAAUUACACGGCUACUUUUAAUACCUAUUUCACGUGGUUGCCAUUCGAUUGUGACGUCAUCUCUAUUAAUUAUUAAUCUCUGACGUUUUCGUAUAUUUAAUGCACUAUUAUUUUAUUUUAUUUUAUUUUAUUUUAUUUUAUUAUUAAGGUUCACCAACAGUGGCAACAACAACUUAUGCACUAACACACUUGCGUACUAUUCAAUUAUGAUUGCGCCACCAAUUACAGGCGAACACAGCAUGCAUAUUACUUACUCUAAACAUUUUAAUAAUUACUACAUAUGAUGCCUAAUAAGUCUAAUAACUAAAUACAUAAAAACUAAACAAUAAACCUAAAAUCUACAAAAUGGAAUGUCAAGGGGCACUUCAAUCGGGAAUCGAAGUAAGUUUCUUUUUAAAACUAUACAAGCUGUCAUAGUAUAUAUCCAGCUGGGCAUUGUGCUUGCUAAUUUUAUUAUACAAGCGCGACAUGCGGGGCACCGGUGAGUGGGAACUAAGUUUAGUGCGACAAAAACGCAUGCUAAACAGAGGGCAGGGGUAGCGUGGAGUGCGGGUUGGUACUUUAAGCGCGAGCAUACUUAGUAGGCUGGGGCAGUCUACUUGGCUGUUGAUUAUUUUGUAUAGGAACGUCAUGUCCAGCAUUUCUCUCCUACAUUCUAGUGAUUUCAUAUGGAAGCGCCUAAGUCUUUCUUUAUAUGACGUUAGUUUCGGUAUUCUGUUUCGGUAAGCCAGGUGUUUGGUAAAUCUUUUCUGUACGCGUUCGAUUCGGUUGACAUGGAUUUUGUAAGUAGGCGUCCAGAUAAUACUGCCAUAUUCAAGCUUACUUCUGACGAAUGAGUUAAAUAGCUUUAUCAGAGUAGAGUUUUUCUUAAAUUCUUUCCCAGCCCUGAGUACAAAGCCCAGCGCCCUGAAUGCAGCGUCAAUCAUGGUGUUAAUAUGUUUAUGAAACCGCAGUUUGCUGUCCACAGUAACGCCGAGAUCCCUGAUCUCAGUCACUUCCUGCACAUGUUGGUUCAUGAUUUUGUAUUUUGUUUGUAACUCGUUCCGCUUCCUAUGGAAUUUAUAUAAACUAAACAUUAUUAUUAUUAAAUUAUGAAUAUAAACUAAACAUUAUUAUU